CACUGCUCUCUUAAUAUAGAUAAUACGUGCUGAGGAAGAAGAUUGGAGUGUAACGCGCAGCUUGUAAACGCGUUAAAUAGUGUACAUUAAACAAAUAAAUUAUAAUUUUAUCGAAUUUCAAUGGCAUGGGAAAAGAUUCCUGCCGUUGCACUAAAUCAAAUCUACGACUAUCUAAGUUUCGAGGACCUGAAAGUUGUGUCCACUUGCUGCUGGUCAUGGAGAACCAAUUUUUUCCAAAGACGUUAUUUUAAAAACUUUCGCUUUCACAUUGACGUGGCACUAGAUGAUCAACUAGCGUUCUUCCAUUGCUUUAUGUGCAAUCUAGCACAGGAGGUGUCCAUAAGCUUUGAUCUGAACAAUGCUGGGCAGGCACAAAAGAUGCGCAGGCUGCUCAACAAAGUGGCACGAAGCGACAACAUACGCGCAUUGCGUUUACAAACGAGCAAUGUUGGUGUCGCAUCCGCUGCCAAUUCAUUGACCGAUAAUGUAGUUGCCAUGGAACAGACCUUCAUCGAGCCCUUGAGGUUAUUGCUUAGCCGUGUCAGUCAACCUUGCCAAAUUUUAGACCUGGGUGCCAUUGAAGCGCUUACAUAUUAUGGCGAUGACUUGCUGCAGGCUCUGGCCAAUCCACAAGAGCUGCUGGAGCUUACGUUAGCUAGCAUUAAAUACGAUCCUAGUCACUACCCGAUACUAACGUUGGACACCUCGCUGCUGCAAAAGUGCGCUGGACUGCAGGUGCUCUCGCUGGACUAUGAUUCGCUUAAUGAUGAGAUGCUGCACACCAUACAGGUGCUGCCCUUGCGUAAGCUAUUGAUUGCAGUCCAUGGUCUGGACAGCGAGGAGCAAGCUGGCGCCUGCGAUGCUGCUUGGGUGAGGUUCUCAGAGCAUUUUGAGAAUAUACAACUAGUGCUGACGCUGAUCUAUGCCUACGAGGCGGUGGAGCAAUUGGAAGUCAGCAUCUUGCGGCGUCAUAUGCCUGUGACCCACAUACGUUUGCUCUUUUGUGAAUUUAUGAAUCGUACGGCCAUUGACUGGAUGGCUAGAUAUUUCACCAACACUUUGCAGAGCAUCUACUAUAUAGACACGGUGAACAAGUAUCAUGGACGUAGCGAUUUGAGAUUCAUACAGCAUGAGGAUCCUUUGGUCAUGUUAGCCUGGUGCUGCAAAAAGCUUGAAGAGAUUGUGGUGCACGGCUAUGCCAUGGAUCCACAUAAUCUAGUGGGCAUUGCUAGGCUUCGUGGCAGACAUCUGAAACGUUUGGAGGUCUCGCAAAUCUGUUGGAACAAUGCAGCCUUAACAAAUGCAUUCAAUGAUGAAAUGUCCGGACUCUUGGGACAUGAGUGGCAGCCAUGUAUUGUGGAGCAGUUGCCGGCAGGACUACGCGCACCUGUCGAUUUUAAUGCGCGCGAUCAAUACGUCUAUGAGUUAAUGCGUAAGGAUCUAAGCGAUUAAGCACAAAAAUAACCAAAAACAAAAAACAAAUUAACAAAAGCAAC